CAGUUACCAGUCGCCACUUUCUCCCCUGCCCGUCUUCCCGUCCUUUUCUCGCAUGGCGUUCUCUGUCCACGCGAAGCUGAGCAGCCUCGCCGUCGUCUCCACCGCCGCAUCACUGACCGGAAACGGCGGUGGCCGCGUGGUCCACGGCGAAGGGAGGAAGAGCGUGGUCGUUCGCUCGGCCGAGGUCUCGACCAGCGGCGGAGGAACGACGUCGUUUGAAGAAGGUCAUCUGGAACGCCCUAGGUGGACCGGAGAAACCCCUCUCUCGCGUCUCGUCGGAGCUCUCAUUGCCUUCAAACCUCUCUACUCCGUCCUCAAGCUCGGCGCUAGACAAGUCCUCAUCAGUACGGCAGAGAAAACAAAUAUACCAUGGCGAGAGAUGACGAGGAACAUUCUAGAAUCAGAGGUUUACAAAGAGAUGGACAGCAUUCUGAACCCAUUGAUUGUGUACCCUGACUAUUAUCUCAAUCCUUUCCAUGCAUAUGAUGAGGGAAACCUCUCUUGGCUGGCUGCAGCAGAAGCAGAGGCUGCAACUAUGUCAAUGGUGAGACGAGCAAUACCUGAUGCUUCUUCUCAUGAUGAAGCAAAUCAAAUAGUUCGGGGAAACUGGCUCGAGGCAAUUGAGAAACAUCAUGAACAACAUUCAAAGAAUAAGGUGAUCAAUGACAUUCUUGAUGUUGGGUGUUCUGUCGGUGUGAGCACGCGAUAUCUUGCAUCCAAAUUUCCUUCUGCUAAAGUCAUAGGGCUAGAUCUGUCACCUUACUUCCUUGCUGUUGCUCAAUUCAAGGAAAAGAAAAGCAUCACAAGAAAGAAUCCAAUCAAGUGGAUGCAUGCAAAUGGUGAAGAUACGGGCUUGCCAGCCAAAUCUUUUGACCUUGUAUCGAUUGCUUAUGUGCUUCAUGAAUGUCCCACAACAGCAAUUGUCAAUUUGGUGAAGGAAGCAUUCAGGUUGCUCCGACCUGGAGGAACUUUUGCCAUGACAGACAAUUCACCAAAGUCGAAGAUUCUUCAGGAAUUAUCUCCAGUACUUUUUACAUUGAUGAAGAGCACCGAGCCAUUUCUAGAUGAAUACUACCUCCUUGAUCUGGAACAGACAAUGAGAGAAGCUGGCUUUGUGAAGAUACAAACUGUUCUUACAGACCCAAGACACAGGACAGUGACUGGGACAGUUCCUUACUAGUAAUGUACAAACAGUUCAUACUGACCCAAGACACGGGACAGUGACCGGGACAGUUCUAGCUGCAAGGUGUGCAAAGCAAAAUGAAGAUGUCAUCUUCUCACGCUCCUUUAACCAACCAGUAAAAAAGGUCAGGGUAAUGGUUAUUUGAUUCAGAUUAUUGGUUACUGUAUAGUUUUGUGUAUGCUUGUACUAAAAACUUUGUCCUGCCACAUGCUACAACUUGUAAUCCUUGCUCAGCUGCAUCUUGAGGCACAGCUAUGUGUGUUAAGGUAUAUUAGUAGAGAAAUUUUGUAGAAUAAAAUGAAAUUUGACUGCCUUAAUUGGCCACCAGUAAUAUAUCAUCAAACUCAGCAUUUUUGCCCCAAA